UUAGACUCUUAUAUAUAGGUACCUCUCCCCACAGAAGUGCUAUUAAGCCCUGGGCUCAGAUCAGCUUGGAGCCACCCUCGAGUCAUACCAUGUACCUGUACCUGCUCCUGGCUUGUGUGCUCUGGGGCUUGGAAAGCCAUUCCACCCCAAUGAAGAUAGCCAGCGUGUCUCCCCAGGACAAUCACACCGCAGUCUGUGCUGAGAUUCAGAAAGAACUCACGGCUGACAACAUUACAUACAAUGGUUCCUUCAAAAGGCCCCAGAACACCAGCGAGGAGCUCUGCUAUGGGAAGUUUAUAGAGGGCUUCAUCUCCACCCUGAAUGAAAUCUCUACGAAAUAUAACAAUGAUUGUCACAUAAAAAAGGUUUAUAAGGACAUGAAAGAACUCACCAAAAUCUGCCCAAAGCUGAAUUCAACAGAACCACAUAAGAAUUGUACUACUGAGACAAGUAAUUUCUCAAAGUUCAAAGAAGCCUUACAGAGUGUCGUCAUAUCUAUAGAAGGAUGGAAAUCUUGUAAAAGGAUCAAGAGCAUCCUCUGAUACCUCGUCUUCUCAUGUCCUGGUGCCCUUAGAGUUUCAGGAAAUGGGACUGGAGGAGCCUCAGGAACAAUUUACAGCUGGGGUGGGGUAAGAGUUUGCUGGCCCUGGGUCAGCAGAUGAGGCUGAGGGUGGGUAAUGGCUUGAGGAAAUAUUUCUGUAACUGAUACGUUAGCACUUGCUGCUUUAAUAAAGCUGGGGUAUGGAAAUGGUGG